AUGUUUCUAUCGAUUUUUCUGGUGAUAAUUCUCAGUUUCCUGCCGAGUUCUGAAAAUUGCAGCUGUAAAAUUUUUGGAAGUGAAAAAGAAGGUUAUUGUUCAUCACCAUGGAGUGAGUUAUUUUCAAGAAAUGCUAAUUGAAAUUCCACGUGUUCACGAACGAGAAAUAAUUAUUUUAUUUGUGCAACGUCAAAGUUGUUUUUUUCAGUUUCAAAAGUCAAAGUCAUUGCAAAAGAAACUGAUCCUCUUGGACUUUUGAUGGUAUACAAAGUGGCUCAUAUAAAAAUAAUAAAAAAUCCUGAACAUCUUCAACUUCCUGAAGUUUUGACAACUUCUACACAAGAAUCAGCUUGCGGUCAGACUGGUUUCAAACUCAAUAAGGAAUACAUUUUUGCAGGUUAGUUUUGCAACCAUUUUUUUUUGUUGUUUUUCUUAAGAUCAAAAUUUUAAAGGUUCCGAAGCUACAAAUAGCUCCUUAUUCAUAACAACUUGUGACUGGCGUGUUCCUUUGAAAUAUAUCAAUGAAACAUCGCUUGAACUUCUCCCCGAAUACAAAACAAAACUUGUGGAUAAUAUUGGAAAAUGUUAA